CCAUCCACCAGGAAAGACUGAAUCAUAACUCACACGGAGGAGCGCGCCGCUGCCUGAGCACAUCUGUGGCUUGUUCCCCUCAAACCUCUGCUGACAUCUGACUGCUGCAGCUCUGCUCAUCCAGUCAGUGUGUGUGGAUUCCUGUAGGGUUUUUUUCCCCUAUUAUUAUUAUUAUUAUUGUUAUUAUUCUCUUUCAUCCAGCCUUCAGUUUACUUUCCUCUGAGAACUUUUGUCAGAGACGAGAAAAAAAAAAAAAGCGCCCGUGAAGUUUUUUUUUUUUUUUUUGGAGAAGGUGAGAGCGCGCAGAUGGCAGCCCUCAUCAGCGCGUACUCGUCGUGGCCGGAGUCCUUCGAGUGUCCUCCAGGAGACGGGGACGUGGCCGACGGACACGGCCCGCACAGGACGGCCGUGGACAAGGCGCCGGAGCCGCGGAUCCGACGGCCCAUGAACGCGUUCAUGGUGUGGGCCAAAGAUGAGCGCAAACGGCUGGCGGUCCAGAACCCGGACCUGCACAACGCCGAGCUCAGCAAGAUGUUGGGUAAGUCCUGGAAGGCCCUGACUCCUCCUCAGAAGAGGCCCUUCGUGGAGGAAGCGGAGAGGCUCCGGGUGCAGCACAUGCAGGACUACCCCAACUACAAGUAUCGGCCUCGCCGGAAGAAGCAGCUGAAGCGCAUCUGCAAGCGCGUGGACCCCGGCUUCCUCCUGAGCGGCCUGGCCCCUGACCAGAACGCCCUGCCCGACCAGCGUGCCCUCUGUCACCCCCUCGACAAAGACGAGGGCGGCCCCAACGGUGUCGGCGGCAGGUUUUCCAGCCCCAGUCCUGCACUGCCCAGCGUCAGAACCUUCAGGGACCCGGCCGGUUCCAACAGCAGCUUUGACACCUACCCCUACGGCCUGCCCACCCCCCCUGAGAUGUCCCCCUUAGACGCCAUGGAUCACGAGCAUGUGCCUCCCUCUUAUUAUUCAACAUCUGGUAGCUCCUCCGUCUCCUGCUCCUCCUCGGCUUCCUGUCCCGACGAGCACCACCAGAACCAGACACACAUGGGCAGCCCGCCUCCUUACCACAGUGACUACGCUCAGACCCAAAUCCACUGUGGGAGCGCACACAUAGGUCACAUCCCUCACAUGUCCCAAAGUGGUCCUGGUGGGCUGAUCCCCGGCCCUCAGCUGUCUUACUACAGUACCUCAUCUUUCCCCCAGAUGCACCACGGGCUCCAUCAGGGCCACCUGGGUCAGCUGUCCCCCCCACCAGAGACGCAGGGUCACCUGGAGACACUAGACCAGCUAAGCCAAGCUGAGCUCCUGGGCGAGGUGGACCGCAACGAGUUCGACCAGUACCUGAACUCCACUGGGGGCGGCUUCCAUCCCGAGCAGGGCGGCAGCAUGACUGUUACUGGACACAUCCAGGUGGCGUCUGCCGCCACCGCCUCCGCCACCACGUGUCCCAGCAGCACCACAGAAACCAGCCUCAUUUCGGUGCUCGCGGAUGCAACGGCGGCCUACUACAACAACUACGGCAUCUCAUAAGCACCCACUACACCUGUGACUGAUCAGAGACACUUCAGGGUUUAUUGUGGGUGAAGAAUACUGGGACGAUGUUGCGUUCGGGUGCUAGCGGCGAAAGCGUUCUUUGCUCUCGUUUGUAAUUUUUCAGAUCUCGUAUUAGCAUCUAUGAGCAACUUCCUCCCGCCACCGAGUGAAACCUGAACUGAUUACUGAGCAAUAUGAUUGUCCGGAGCCGAGGAAAGAACAAAGAAUCGAAUCGGAGGAGUCUGAAGAAAGGGGAGAUGGACAACUCAGGGAUGCAGACACAAAACACUAUAGUAUGCCACCUCCAGUUGUCAGAGAACAAUCGUAAAAGACUUUGUCGUCCACUUGUAAAUGUCACCAGUAACUGUCGCCGGCGCGGCGUGUACAGAUGCUCUUUAGAAGCUAAUUUAAGUCCUUUGAUGUUUUCGCAUAAAUGCUAACUGUAACGCUACUAUCAACGCUUUCCCCAUUCGAAUGUUUGUAUCAUACAUGUUCUGGCUCUCAUUAGUUUGGGAGUCUUACCUCAGUAGUUGUAAUUGAAUGAGGUUUCCGUUGGACAUUUCUUAUGCAAUCUAACAAAACGGUGUAUCAUGAAGAAAAAAGGCGUUUAUACUUCCUCUCAAGUACUUAAUAAUAUAUAAUCAUAACCUCUACGAUGGAAAAUAAUAAUGGUAACUAUAACUGUAUGCUGAUUUAGGUUUGUGAAAGACAAUAAUUUAAAAAUAAAGUUCAUUUUUUAUAUAAAAAAUGCAGAGGGAUUACUUUUUAUCAUUUCAUUCUUACACCUAAAUAAGAGAUACUGGGAAUAACUGAUACGCUUAAAGGCAUCACGCAGGAGCAGGUGAGACACAAAUAUCACGUCCAUACACAGCACCAAAUUAAUACAAUAAUAUUCACGAAUGAAAAUCAAUAUUGGAGUUAUUUUACACUCUAAGAUUUCACACACAAAUUGGAUGACAGUGGUGUGUGUUACUUGUCCAUUCUUCUACUUCGGGCUCAGUCUAGUUGCUGCACUGGCGUAUACUGGCCCAUUCUGACACCCACUCCCCAUGCUUGCUGCUUUUUUUUCCACCCUCCCAUCACACCAGCCUUCUCCAUCCGUCUCCUCUUGCUUUCAUUUCAUCCCGGUUCAGAGGAUUAGUGUAAAACAGGCACAGCCGUCGCCGCCCGCCUCCAUCUCCACCGUC